UCGAACGGUUCGCAAUCCGAGUCUAAUCUUGGGCUUGUCCUAACACGCGCGUUUUCGAGGUCCCUCGGAGUCCAAUCGGUCCGAGGGAUGGUGUCUCGACGACUCAAUGGCUGCAACAACACCGUUUGACAUCACCGGGCUAGGCAGUUCCUACGCUUUCGAUAUCUACAAUGACGCCCACGCACUGCCGGCGAGCGCGCCAGCACUCCCUGGCGGGCCCUGCAACUACACAGACCAGACGUUGCCGCGCUGUGGUUGUCGCCGGUUUUGGAGUCGCGCGUCGCUCAGCAGCGGUAUCUUCCAGGACAAUGCCGUGUCGAGCCAAGCUGAGGUCUGCAUGUGUUCGCACCAUGCCUGCUUCCAUGAGGAUGUCCAGCCCGGACAGGCGCAAACCAUGGCCAUGACUGCUACUGGAUCACAGGAGAACCAAAUGCCCAAGCCCAUCAGGGAACCAUUGAGCCCCGCCCAGGCUUUUGCCUCUCUCCACAUGCCUGCCACUUCCGGAACAUCCCUGGAUCUCAACUUGCUCGGUUUCCAUACCUCCGGUCCUGUCCCACGGAUGGAUCCCGCCAAUCCUGCCCAGGCUGAGGAUACCCGCCCCGCCCAGGAUAGUCUAAUGCCGGAUACGUUCAAUAGCUGGAGUGACUUGAGGCCUCAAGUCGGACAUGCCAAUGGAAUGACGCCGUUUCACGCCCAAUCGUUGAUGUCGCCAGCGCCACCACCGUCCACGGCCUCAUCUAGCCAGGGCAGGUACCUCAGGCCGUUCGCCGGGAAGGGGCUCCAGACACUAAGUGGUGCCUCGGGCCUAAGAUCAGAAGCACGGCGUCCGGAACGGAUCAAUGAGGAGAGCGGCCCGGAGACAAUAGCAGAUCCUGGAUGUGCUGCAACGGAAGCCGCUUCCACUCCUAAAGCAUUACCUUCGCAGGCUCGCUCAGCGUCGGAGGCAGAUGCUGCUUACCAAAAACUAGCAGACAGGGUCGACAGUCAUGAGCAGCGACUUGACAGACUCGAGAGCACCUCGUUUUCCAUCGCCGGCCACGACGACUGUCACGACAAGCACGAACACACCGAUCUCCGCGUGACCGAACUUGAGUCCCGGGUGGAAGAGGUGGAAAAGAUCCUCAAUGACAACGGCAGUGUGGUCAGCGGCAGGCGGACCGCCAAACAGGAUGGUGGCGCCGACGAUGCCACGGCCAGUGUCGUCUCCGUGUCCACCAACGCGACCGUGACGGCUGCGACUCGUGCCGAGGUGUACAGUCAGCUGCAGCAGCUGCAAGCGCAGGUCAGCCAACUCCAGGCAGCCUCGUUGCCCUCGUACACCAAACCCUGGGAGCUUGAGGUCGUGUACCUCCCGUUUCCGCUCAAGGGCAUUUGGGUCGAGGCCAAGGAUUUCUAUCAGCGCCGAUCGAUAGGGUCCAACGCGGACGACUGGACACAGAUGCCCAACACAAUCAGCAGAGCAACUCCGGAUCCGCAGUCCCCCAAAUUCCAGGAAUGGGCCGGGCAGGGGCCAGACUCGAACUGGCUGCUGCCGAGGGCCUUUGUUGCAGGGCGCGUCAUCGACCAGAGACUGAAGAGCCGUGGCUUGAUCAAGACGGUGCUCGUCAGAGGACCAGACGCCCGCAGCGUUCAGCUUGCCAUUCACAACGCAUUCGGCGAUAUUCUGCGGAUAGGCAACUCGGAUGCGCGGCCAGGACUCGCGCCAGAGUAUCCCCUGGCUGAGUUUCUCGGGCUGAGACAUGCGUGGGUCCCGUUGCGCAAGCUCCAUAAAGAUUCGAGGCUUCGCUUCCUCGCGCCGGCCGAGAUGGCAACACCAGCGCUAUGGGACUUUACGUUUCUCGUGUCCAGCGUCGUCAUGAAAGCCACGGGUGUCCAGCGACUGUACAUCACCCAGCCCGAGGCGUACCUCCAGGACCACCCCUUGGGGUACCACGCACUUCAGGGGGGUUGGACCUGGCAAAAGUUGCGACAGCUGAGCAGGGUCUACCCUGACUCUCAGAGCAGCGCGGGCGACGUGCCCGAGGCCGACGCGCUGGAAGAAUGCUGGAACUGGAAUGAGCGCCUCGACGAGAUGCCAAGCAUAGAGACCUCCGCGAUUAGUCUCCGUCGAUCCAUCCAUGAGAGGGCAUCCAGGCGCUCGUCAACUGAACCGUCAGGGCAAUUCUACACAGGAGUGCAGUCGCCCAUCCUCUCCAACGGCCCCAGCCGGUCGCGGGCGCAGUCGCCCCUCAUCCAGCGUGAGCGCAAAGGUUCUUGGCCGCCUAAUAUCCGCACCGGCUCUCUUCCUCCAGUGGGACCGGGUCUCAUGUCGCCAGCACAAUCCCGCCGGCGCGUCUCCACCCACGCAACAAGCAUUACGCCCUACGAGCGGCGCGCAUCGCCCUUCGUGCCCCGGGCAACCCCCCGGCCCAGCCCUCGUCUCUCCGCUGCCCACCACGGCCACAUACCAUCCACAUCAGCAGCAGCAGCUGUCCCGAAGCGGCGCUUCACCCGCUCCCCGAGCCUCAUUCCCCGCAACACCCCGCGCUGGAGCCGCACCAGCAUGUCCCGCUCUCCAUCCCUUGCACCCGGCGGCCCUUACGGCUUCCACGACGACAGGGAGCGUGAGAACCGGGAACGGCGCACCACGCCUUUCUACUACGCGACGCCACACAGCGAAGCCGUUCAUGAACCGUACGGCUAUCAUCGGGCCGGCAGCCGUGGUCCGCCCCCUGCCGCGGUGUUGAGGACCAACGGGUACGAGCCUGAUGAUGACGAGGACGAGGAGAUGGGCUUUGACGAUACCGACCACGGGUCGGGGACGGACGGGUACGACGAUGAGAACGACAGCGAGAUGACCAAUGCCGACGACGAUCACCACCAGCGCCAUAGCCGUCAGAGUGGGUCAGGGAGGCGGCGCCUGAACGGGCAGCAUCCUGGUCCCUUUGGGUUCAACAGCGCGGACGUCGACGGGGACGAUGCAGAUCUGGACAUCGAUGUCUACGAAGACGAGGACGAGGACGAGCUAGACGGGGUCGACACCGAUGUCGGGAACAAUAACAACAACCCGCACCAUCACCAUCACCACCACCAUCAGAGCAACAGGGCAUGGCACGGCUUCGGCCGGCAGCGUGUCACGCCGUCGCAGCCAAGUCACCACCAGGCCCUCAUCAGGCCGGAGGACAUACCCUGGGCGGGGAUCGAGGACGGCGCGGACGCCGAAGGCGACAGCAACAUGUCGGACGGCGAGAACAUCGAUCCCACCACGGGCGCCUCCUCAUCGUCACAGUCGCAGUCCCAUCACUCUCAGCCGGAGGAGAUUGAGAUCCAUCAGGACGACGAUGUUCGAGGGCCUGAGAAUGACGACGACGAGGAGGAGGAAGAGGGCGACGGAAGCAGCAGCGAGGCGCCGAGCGUGUACGAGAGCAAACCCGUCGACGCGUGGCAGCUCGUCCCGUCUGUGCCUGGGCCAGCAUCCAUCGAGACGAUGGGGAUGGGGCAGAAGCAGCUGAGUGGUAGCCGGAGGGGAGGAGGCGCCGGGGAAAGUUCGAUGAUGGGGUUCCGGAUCCAUGAGGAUGGGACGGCGACGGCGGCGGGUGGUGGUGGUGAUGGCGGUGGUGGGCUGGAAGCGGCCGGGGGGGUGUUGGACAUGCAGUGGGGUUGAAACCUCAUCUCUCUAUCUCUCUCAUUUUGCUUUGUUUUUCUCCUCUUGGAUGAAGCAUCUCUCCUGGUUCUCAUGAUUGGCAUCUAAGGUAUCUCUAUACAGGCACGCAGGCAUAUACUACGUUGGACUUUUGGACAGCGGAACUGGAGCUGGUGGGUGGUUGGCCGGAUGAGUGAAGCGAUGCUUCUUUUUUUUUGCCAAAUCAGCGCGAAAGGCGUUUGGUGGGUGGGUGUGCAUGAGACGGUUUCCCCGAGAUACCUCCUUACCUCUCUCCUCGCUAGAUACUACUAACU